AUGCUUAGCAAACUGUUGCUCGUGCUUGGUUUAUGUCUUCUGGCAGGAGUGAAAUUCGCCAAUCUCUCUGUAGCUGCCACUCAAAUUCACUCUUCGUUGCUCUCUCUCGGGGUUGGCGUCGUAUUGCUACCAGCGGCAUAUCACUUCGCGUUGAAAGACAACUCCGACAUCGCAGUGCAACUUCAAAUGACCAAUAUCCUCAAGAUGAGUCGCGGCGUGUCGAUCAUACUGCUCUCGCUCUACGGCUUUUACCUUUUCUUCCAACUCUAUUCACACACGCACUUAUAUCAAGACGCCAAGAACAGAAGUGAAACUCUCCACAGAAAGCAUUCACUCGAACAUUUCCGAACCACAAGCAUACCACCUCCUCGAAACAUAUAUUCUGCAUCAAAUUACUCAGAGACUAUUCUUCCAAUCCUCGUCUCAGGUAAUCGUGCUGAAGGAGGUGUCCCUCUCUCCCGCGACGACACCUUGGUCAACACUCGCAGUAACGACGGUUUUCAAGAGACAGUAGAACAUCCUGAAGCUCUCCGGAGGCAAGAACCGCAACUUAGUAUCAUCCUGACACUAGCUAUCUUGAUAAUUAUCACUAUGGCUGUUACGUACACCGCCGACCACCUUGUUGAGGCCAUGGACAGCAUAUCCACUACUAUUCCGAAGCCAUAUGUUGCGUUGAUCAUUCUUCCGACAGUGAGUUCAAUAGCAGAAUGUCUCACGGCUAUCAACGCCUCCGCUAAAGACGAGCUGAAUUUCGCGCUUUCAGUAGCUGUGGGGUCAACAAUCCAAACUGCACUCUUCGUCAUCCCCUGGGUUAUGGCUAAACCUCUCUCGUUGUUGAUUGAUCCUUUCGAAAGCCUGGUUCUCUAUAUCUCUGUGCAAGUUGUGGCCAGCGUCGUGAGCGACGGCAAGUCCAAUUACCUCGAGGGCUUGGUGCUCUUUUGUACUUGGUGUAUCAUUUCAGUCAGUUUCUGGUUCUACCCCGCAUGGAAUCUCAAUGCGGAGUCAAUCUGCAAGACAUGA